UGCCUAAAAUCCGGAGGCACGGCAUUUUCCCUCUCUUCCCCGCCCUCCCUCCAUAGCUCCAGGGUAUCUUCUUCCCGAUAAAUCUACUUUCCCUUCCCCGCAACCAAGUUCUUUUUCCCUCUAAAACAACCCAUGGCCUCCUCCUCCUCCUCCUCUUCCUCCUCUACCAGCCUCUACGACAUCCCGUGGGUCGAGAAGUACCGGCCCACCAAAGUCUCCGACGUCGUCGGCAACUCCGACGCCGUCUCCCGCCUUGAAAUCAUCGCCCGCGAUGGCAACAUGCCCAAUCUCAUCCUCUCGGGUCCUCCUGGCACCGGGAAGACUACGAGCAUACUCGCCCUCGCCCACGAGCUCUUGGGCCCUAAUUGCCGAGAGGCCGUUCUUGAGCUGAACGCAUCUGACGAUAGGGGUAUCGAUGUGGUGAGGAACAAGAUCAAGAUGUUCGCCCAGAAGAAAGUAACACUUCCACCAGGCCGCCACAAGAUUAUAAUCUUAGAUGAGGCCGACAGUAUGACAUCUGGUGCACAACAAGCAUUGAGGAGGACAAUGGAGAUCUAUUCAAACACCACACGGUUCGCCCUUGCCUGCAAUAUAUCAUCUAAAAUCAUUGAGCCAAUUCAGAGUAGGUGUGCGCUUGUUCGCUUCUCGAGGCUGUCUGAUCAGGAGAUUCUCGGCCGCCUUAUGGUAGUGGUGGAAGCCGAGAAG